AUGCCAAACUCAUCAGCUUCAAUGGCGCAGCAAAUUUCCCUCUUUCGCACGCGAAUUCAGAAUCGAAGUUUUGACGAUGUGACGCUACGGAUUUUGGAAUCGAUCCUGGCCUCGGGCGACGCGCGAUCUCUGAAUGGAGUCGAGUCGGCCUUGAAACAGAUGAUGAGAGAUGAAUCUCUUAUCGUUCUUGGAGAAAUUGCGAUGGAGGCGGUCGAGAUUAAGCUUUUGUGCGUCGAUUUUCUGGUUCGCGUGUUUGCGGUUAUUGGUGAUGUCGAGAGUUGCUUGGUCUUGAGAUACGAGGCAUUGGUUAUGCGAAAAGAAAAGGCUACCACUCACCCUGGGCUUCAGGUUUCUUCCAAAGAAUGGCUCAAUUUCGUCGAGAGCUCUGUUGAAAAUGGAUUCCAUUCCAUUGCACGUCAUGCAUGUGAAAAGGCUAUUAUGUCUUGUGGAACAAACUGUGUGGCUCGUGCCAAAAUGGAUGAUAUACUUCAUGAUGGCCAUGUUAUCAAGAAAAUCAGGAGAUUAAAGGAUGUUGCUCAGCUUGCAAUUUCCUCACAAUCUGUCGAGGCACAAGCACUAAUGCACCUAAAGCAGAAAGAAGAUGAGAAGAGCACACUGCAAGUAGCCCCCAUUCUUGAAGCUAAAAGUUCAGGAAGUUCUCGGUUUAGAACUGGGAUCAUGAAGCAUAACUUGCGAAAAUUCCAUGCUUACCGAUGUUCAUGA